AUGGACCGUAGUCCGCUGGACUGCUACGUUUGCGCGAAGGAGCUCACCGCACCACGUAUUCUACCAUGUCUGCACUCAAUAUGCUCUGAUUGCUCACCAUGUUGUUCGACAGCAAGUACGAGCUCGUCCAGCUCGUUCUUCCCAGGCACUCCAGAUCGCCUAGCCGAAUUUCUCAUCGACACCUCACAUGAGGCAGCUGAAGUGUGUGCAAAUUGUGAUCAGACCAAGCAGCCGAUGUACUACUGCGAGACCUGCCAGCAGGCGCUUUGCCAUGACUGCCGGAGUACUACUCAUAAGGCUCGAAUGUUUUCCUCCCACCGUGUCGUUGUUGCCGAGGAGUCGGCACGGGUACGCGGUCGUGUCGCUUGUGCGCAGCACUCUGAACCCUAUAUUCUUUACUGUACGGAAAACAAGAGUCUAGCUUGUAUCCAGUGCUUCAAUGAGCGUCCAGCAGAGGAC